UUCAGCAGUGAGCGUGGAACCAAUUAACCCAACAAUAAAGCCAUUACACCGAGCCAGUGGGACCAUGUGACCGCUGGGCCGGACCGGGAGGGAAGCAGUGGGGAGGACCUGGGGGGAUAAGGGAAAAACAAGCAGGCUAACCAUGUGGGAAAGAGCGUUUCUGCUGCUGCUUCACUGUGUGGAAGCUGCAGUGGCGUCUGGCUGCUGGCAGGGGGCGACCUUCUCGGAGGCCGUGGUGUCUUCGGCGUCGGAGGGCAGCGGGAUCCUGCAUGUCCCCGGCGUGGCGUCACUGCCUCAGUGCGUGGCGGCGUGCUGCAAGCUAACGGGCUACGAGCUGGCGUGGCUGUUCGAGGGGCGAUGCUACGUCCUGCGCUGCCCGCGGGCCGAGGCCUGCGCCCCCCGAGAGAGACCGGGCGCAGAGUCACGCCUCGCCUUCCUGCGGAGAGAGACCCCGCAGAGCCUGGUGCUGCAGUCUCUGGUGAGAGGAGAGCCGUAUGGCGGGGACCUGGAGGCCCUGAAGGACCUCGCCCUGUUCCCUGACCUGGAGUAUCCAGAGGAGAGCCAGGAGGAGAGGGGAGCCAGGUUCAACCAAUCAGAGGCCGGGGAUGCUCCAGAGGGGGGGCCGACGGGAAGCAGCGUGGCCCAGAUUAAAGCCUCCUCUGAGGGGAACAUCAUCCAGGGAGACGAGCACAGAACCAGGAGACUGACUGACCCUCCUGCUGCAGAGAACGCUACUGAAACACAAAGCAGCACUGGUUCAACGUCCCUGCCGCUGUUACUGCUGCAGGGACCCACAGCUGUCUCCACUCAGCACGACCAUAUAAGGACUUCCACUCCCACCACCACCGCCGCACCUCAUUGGCCGGUCAGCACACAGCCAGACAUGCUGAAGGUGCUGCAGUCAGCCAGACCUCCACCCACCUCCACCCAAUUCACAAAAAGACCCGUGACCCCUGUCCCCGUGACCCCUGACCCCAGCACCACCUUGACCCCCGGCACCAUCCCUCCAACAGUGACCACCCCCAGUGCUACAACCACUGCAGCCACUGAGUCUGGGUCAGAGGUCGGCGGGUCAAACCGUGGCCCGCUGGCCGUCGUGGGUCCUGACAGGAAGCUGGUCCUCCCUGUUAGCAGCUUGUUGCUCAACGGCAGCGGCAGCACGGACGACCGCGGCAUCGUCAGCUACCACUGGCACGUCGUGAGCGGCCCCCCAGGGUUAAAGGUUGAGGGUGCAGAUCAGGCCGUUGCCACGGUGACGGGACUUCGGGCAGGACGCUACAACUUCACGCUGACGGUGUCCAACCAGCAGGGGGCGACGGACAGUGCUUCACUCACCCUCAGAGUCCAGGGAGCCAGGACUUCUCCUCCGGUGGUGCACGCCAGCGGCAGCCACUCUCUGACGCUGCCCAACAACUCUCUGGUUCUGCGGGGCUCAGUGAGCGACGCGGACCCCAGCGAGGUGCACUUCCUGUGGGUCAGAGACAGCCAGAGCCCUGCAGCCGGGGAUGUUCUGUACGGCUCGGAGACGCAGGCCUCCCUGUACCUGGCCAACCUGGUGGAGGGAACCUACCUGUUCCAGCUGAGAGUCAGCGACGCUCAGGGCCGCUCCGGCAGCGCCACCGCCACCGUGGAGGUCCGCCCAGAGCCGGGCGGAGGGGAGGAGGUGGAGCUGGAGAUGCAGGUAGCGGUUUCUCAGGUGAGCGUGGCUCAGAGGGACAAGCUGGUCCGACAGCUCGCCGCGCUGAUCCACGUCCUGGACAGCGACAUCCAGGUCCGAGCGCUGCUGGGACACUCGCACCUCAGCACGGUGUUGCGGCUCUCGGUUCGGGGCCCCCAGGGGCCGGUGUCUGGCUCCAGGCUGGUGUUUCUGCUGAGGAACCAGCUGCUGCGGGAGAAGAGCGACUACCUGCUGUUCAGAGCUCUGAGAGUCGACACCGUCUUGUGCCUGCUCCGCUGCUCGGGCCACGGUCAGUGUGAUCCCAUCUCUAAGGACUGUGCCUGCGACCCGUUCUGGACCCAGAACCUGGUUCGUCGAUACCUGGGCGACGGAGAGAGCAACUGUGAGUGGAGGGUGCUGUACGUCAUCCUGACCAGCUUCAUGCUCAUGGUCUUCAUCGUCUCCGUCAGCUGGACUUUCAUCUGCUGCUGCAGGAGGAGGAGACAGAAGGGACCGAGGAGGAAAACCAAAUACACCAUCCUGGACAACAUGGAUGAGCAGGAGAGGCUGGAGCUCAGACCCAAAUUCAGUAUCAAACACCGCAGCACGGAGCACAACUCCAGCCUCAUGAUGUCCGAGUCGGAGCUGGACAGCGACCAGGACACCAUCUUCAGCCGAGAGCGACCCGUCCGCAGCAGGAACCGGACCAGCGCCAGCGCCGCGCGCAACGGCAACGCCUUUGGGUGACGGACAGCUGACCUCCUGGUGACGAAACGGGACUCGUCUGUGAUGUUUGCACUCUUGGCAGGCAGGGAGAGACCACGGAUGUUUAAUAAGAACUGGAUACAGCCUGUUCUUUCCUGUGAGAGCUGCUCAUUGGUGCAUGAGGACAAAAUGGCCUGACAUUCACUAGAGCAAAACGUCACAGAUUACCCAUCAUGCCUUGCUGUGAGAGCAGAAGUACCUGUAUGUAGCUCAUAGAGCGCAGUUGAGUUUCCGCUUAAGCCCCGCCUCCUGCCACUAAGCCCCGCCCCCUGUAAUUAAGCCCCCUCAGCUCAGUAGAAUGAAUGGAGAGAGAAAAUAAAUCUGGAUUCGGCUUUUAGUGCAUUUUUAAACUUUAAGGACCUAAUGAUUCUAAUCAGGGCUAUCAAAUAUUUCAUACUGGGUAGUUUAUUUAGUUUAAAAAACAAUUACCCGCUGAUUUACAGACGUCUCUUUCUCCCUGUUAGUCAAUGGGAAAAAGUAUUUCUGGGCCCAGUGACGUCACGGACUGAUACGGAGGUUGUAGUACCGCUGUUUGGACACUACGAAUAUUUUCCUCAGAGUCCGGAGCACUUCCUGGGGGCUUGGGCGAGAGAUUUAACUUCUUACAGUUCAAAGGACCCCUUUUUGUAAGGUCAGUUGAAUGAACCAGUGUCCCAUUUCAGGACUUAAUGCCUGGAGGAAAAACCUGCGACUCCUUACGAAGAAUAACACGGGUUUGAAACUUCCACAUUUUGUCCAAAAUAAAUGUGGAAGAUGCUUUACAAGAAGACAACCUCAAGGGCCUGUGUCUUGAAAUGAAGACAUUUAAAGAAGAAUCAGACAUUUUGGGAAAUCGUCCCAAGGGUCAGAAGGGGAGGUUGUACAGAGAGAGUACCAGGAUGUGUUAGCCUAGCUUAGCACAACUUCUGCAAGCUAAGGGGCAACUGCUAUCCAAGCUUCAACAAAAGAGAAAACCUGUGAGCUACAACUAACAAUUAUUUUUAUUGGCAAUUUCUCUAUCAGUUAUUCAUUCUAUUAGAUGUCAUGAAAUGGAGGGUUUCCUAAAGCCCAUAAUGACAUCCUCAAAUGUUUGAUUUUGUCCACAAAUCCCACAAAUAUCUGUCAUAGGGGGAAAUAUAUUUACAUUUUAGAAGUUAGAUUGAUUCAUCGAUUAACUAAAAAGUUGGCGAUUUAUUUAAUAAUAAUGAACAACUCUUCAGCCUAUCGAAUAAUCUUUUCAGCUGCACACUUAAGAUCUCCAAGUCUGAUUUGCACGUUGUGUCUUGUUAGCCAUAAGCUAGUCACCAAUCUAUCCAAAUGUCCUCCAACUGCUAGCCAGCUGGACCAAGAUGCUAACUGGUCUGGAAGCUAAUUCAAUGAAUGGCUUUAUCUCAAAGUUUAAAAAUCUGCUUUGGCAGGCCGCUUGUUCAAGACAAAAAUAAACUUGACUUCAUUUCAAUCCUUACCUUUACAAAGUCCACAAUGUGUUUAGCCUAGCUCAACCUCAAAACAGAAACGAUCCACUUUCCAACAACUCCAAAUCUGUCUGAUUUACAUUUAGUAUCUUGAUACCUAACAAGCGGGUUCAUUAAAGAGUAAUUUUGGUUUAUUAAAGCCCUGAUUUGAAGGUGACAUUAAGCUAUCUCUAAGGUAACAGACCUGAAAGCUAACUGUAACUAAAGGUAAUGCUAUCCAAAGCAGAGACACAGUAUUUAUUGAGGUUAAACCCUCUGCUAACCCAUCAGCUUACCAAACACACCAAACAAUGGGUACUUCAUGGUAUUGUCAUAAUGAACAUGUGUAGCCUAGUUUAGCAGGAAGAAAACUGCUAGCCACGAACUUCCAAACAGAAAUGAUCCACCUUCCACCAACUCACCUUUCUGAUUGACAUGUUGUUUCUUGCUAGCCAACAAGACAGUUUAUCCAAGAGUAGAUUGCCUAAUGAGAACCAGCAAUCAUCAUCUAUGAGCCAACUUUAAGCUAACUCUAGCUUAACUAUGCUAAUUAGUGAACCCAAAGAGCUGAACCUAAACAAAUAAUCUUAGCUAAGGGGAACUAGAAUUGAAAUACCAAAAAGCUAAAUCUGAGUUUAUAAACUUCAACACUAAGCUAAUCAUAUUCCUUUAACCAAUGUUAGUCUUAAAUACUUGUUAGCUACAAACACAACCAUCCAGUGUCUCUGCUAAAACAUGAGCUGGUCAUACAUUUCAAGGUCUUAACCUAAAUGGGGGUCCAGUCCAGGACACAGUUAGCCUAGCUUAGCACAAAGCCGAGAAGCAGGGUAAAACUGUUCGCCUGGCAGACAGUGGCUAGCUUGUUAGCUUGCUAGUUACAACAUGUACAGUCCAAUCAGUUUUGGAGUUGUGCAAAAGUGAAGGCUGUUCAAUCCUGUUCUUUGUUGCUUGUUCAGUGUUGUUUAGUAACAACACGUUGGAUUAAGGCACUGACUGAUGAAGCUAUGAAGCUUAAUUCCUCCUUAAUUCUCCAAAGAUUGUACAGGAGUAAACGAGCUGACGUCACUGGUGGGCUGAACACGGGCAGCGGCAACGACCAUACUGUUCAAAAUGGAUGGUGAACAAGCUAAUAGCAGAUGAUCUCCAUGGCCGUGGAGUCAUCUGAUGUAGAAGGAUGUACAGAUGGAUGAUAGAGGAGCAGACUAUCUUGACACAGAAUCCCUGUGUUCAGCAUGUGCUUUACCGAGCCUGUUUAUAACCUGUAGGCUACACACUAUGUUAUUUUCACUUCAUUUGUUCUGUUAAUCUGACCUGAGAAGUUUAUAAAAACAUCCCUU